AUGACCGACAAAACCCCCAAAAACAUCCGUCCUCUCAACCGCUUCAUCACAACCCACGAUGAAGCCGGCAAAGCCAUAUUCUCCUCAACCCUACCCGAAACAAUGCCGGUACAGAAGAUAGGAGAUGGAGCAGACUUCAGUCUAGCCUAUACAACUUCUGAAUUUCCCGCUCAGCUGAGCGACGAGACCGACGUGACCAACUACCAAAGCUACCUGUCUAGCCCACCGGGUAUCGUCGUGUCAGGCGGCACGGUGUGUCGAAUCGUGGACAUGCAGCCUGGUGCAACAAGUCCAAUGCACCGAACUGUCUCGUUGGAUUAUGGUGUUGUACUGGAGGGUGAAGUUGAGCUUGUGUUGGAUUCUGGUGAAGUGAGGCUGCUUAAGAGAGGGGAUGUUGCUGUGCAGCGUGGAACCAACCAUGCUUGGCGUAAUGUUACGCCCGAUGUUCUUGUUGAUGGUGUUAGCGUUCCUCAAUGGGCCCGCAUGAUGUAUGUGCUUCAGCCGUCUAGUGAGAUUUUGGUGGAGGGGAAGCCUUUGAAGGAGGUUGUUGAUGGCAUCGGUGUCAGAAGUAGUACUUGA